CUUUGCGCACCCGCCUGUGUAGUUGUACCUAUCGCCUUCCGGUUGAGCGUACAGAUAUCUCCAACAUGUACACGAUCGAGCCGAAAACACGGCCUGUUCUACAGAUAUUCCACGUCUAGAAAUAUAGGGUCACCUAUGGUGAUCCUUAUGGAUGUAUACGGGCUUGGGGAAGGGUCUUUGAGCCGUAAGAACCAUGGCGGCGACCAGUGCGAUACGGAGCAAAUGGUCAACGCUACGUUAAAUAGCUUGGAGCUGGACGCGUCUUUGGUUUUCGAUAUCAAUGAUUUCAACCUUUACCGGCUAGCCAAUGGAUUCUUCGGCGAGAUAUUCAAGGCAGAGCACAAAAUCACAAAAAAGACCAUGGUUAUAAAAGAAGAAACACAUUGCAAUGAGGACUGUAGCUUGCUGAAGGAAGUAGAUUUUCUAAGACGACUUUCACAUCCCAACAUCGUUAGAUUCAUAGGCAUUUGUAUAAAAGAUAACAAAGUUUCUCUAAUAACGGAGUUCGUUAAUGGCGGAAAUCUAGAGGAACUUCUUAUGAACCACGAAGAGACUUUAAACUGGGCUACGAGGGUGUAUUUAGCGAGAGAUAUUGCGAGCGGAAUGGCGUUUUUGCACCAGAAAAGAUUUCUACAUCGCGACCUCACAUCGAAGAAUUGUUUGAUUAAAAUCGCUAAUGGUGAGCGAUAUGGAAUCGUUGCUGAUCUCGGCCUCGCAACGGAACUACCCGAUGGGGAGGAGGGGAUUAUCAACACGGUAGGCUCACCAUACAACAUGGCGCCCGAGGUUUUACGAGGAGAGAUGUACAAUGGGAAGGCAGAUGUGUUUUCCUAUGGAAUCAUUCUUUGUGAGAUCAUUGGUAGAGUUCUUGCUGACCCUGAAGAGCUCCCUAGAACUGGAGCAUUUGGCCUAGAUGUGGAGAAAUUCUCUACCAUGGUGGGGGACUGCCCGAUUGAAUUCGUCCACACUGCUAUCUGCUGUUGUCAGAUGGAUCCAAAAUCCCGGCCCAGUUUCAUGUCUACCGUCAAACACUUGGACCUAGUCCUACUCCAGUACCCGAGACGCCCCGACGUGCCCUGGGACCAAGCUAUCCCACCGCCCAUGCUCGACGAUGUGGAGAGCAACAAUAACCUGAACGCGCAUAUUCAGCUCACCUCGCCCAGACUGGUUACCCCCGCCGUGCUACCCCCCGAGGGGGAAUUCCGUACCCGUAGCCACACGGACUACAGGCGGCGCUCGUGGAUCGCGUCACGCUACAAACUCUUCCACGCCGCCACCGAGGAGCUACUGAAGAACACGCCUUCUAAGCUCAUGGGCUUCUUCAGAAACGUGAUAGGCAUUCGCAACAAGGAGAUGUCCAUCUCUAAGGGGAAGAAGAAGGACGAGAGUGAAUCCGCGCGCCGGCGGAGGGCUCAGUCCUCUUCAGUCCUCCCCAAGUUCUCAUCUGUUGACAUUUGUCACACAAGAGACAAUGAUUUCGCGGUGCCGUGGAUAACCAUACCGCCGUCCACGUCGUGUCCGGGGUCGCCCGGACCGGACAGAAAGGACGCAAUGCUUCGUCGUCACACUAUCGCUCCUCUAUCCUCGCUCAAGGCGAGUUCGGACCUUCAUUUGAAUUUGAGCGAUACGGACUAUACCGAUGGCGAGGACCCCUUGAGCGCGCGCAGUGCGUUUUCGGAGAGCAUUUCAAUGUCAUCGGACAUUAGCUCUUUGCUGGCUAACAGCACGUGCGCGUCGCAUUCCACACAUUCUUCGUAUUCCUCGCAGCCGUCCGGGUCUCGCGACUGUGAAUCCGUGUCGUCAGGCGAAGAGGGCCGCGUCAAUUCCACGCCUCCGAGGCUGAUCUGUAGUCAGAUGAAGACGCCACAUUUAGACCGUAGCGGCUCGUACUCGGUUAUCGAUGCCGAGGCGUUGAACCGCGAGGAGCUGGAGCGAGAGCGCGAAAAGGAGAAGGCGACACGACUCGGCGAUAACACACCCACAAACACAAGAGCGAGGCGGCGAAUACGUUCCCCUCUUUUCGGCUUCUUCCAGUCCAAAAACCGCAACAAGAAUAAGGACAAUUAGUGGCUUUGUCCUCGCAUAGUCUCUCUCCAGCUGAAAGUCCCGCUCUUCCGUUUCCAGUUAUCUCCCUCCACACACAUUGUUUAUGCCAAAAGAAGAAAUACCAAGCAGAGGUGAACUUGCCUGUACAUGUGUAGGCUGGAUUAGCGCUCUCGCUGCGCCCACCUUCCUAUCGGAGCAAAUGGAUACAGCUUGAUCCAGUUCCCAGCGUUUUGCGGGACAUCUACCGUACAAUCAAAACGUUGCUUGACAAACGAAAAAGCUUUCAGAUAGCACGAUUUCAAAGAUUUCACAGAGUUUAUAAAUAUUUGUAUAUUGAUAGACUUCCAAUUUAAUUAUGUUUUCUUUAAAUUUGUUGUGAAAUUCUAAAUUGCAGAUAUGGUAAAUAUUUAUUUCGUGACGAGAAUUUAUUAAGAUAACUCCCAUAUACAUUUAUUCGUGUAAAUUUGUUUUUAUAAGAAAUAAAACCUUUUUCUUUCAUGAUGAAAAAAUAUCAUCUACAAAUUAAAUUUUGGAUAUAAAUGACGGGACAUUGUAUGCUCUUUACUCUUGCACUGUCUCAUUGAAAUCAAUAUACUUUUCGUUAAUUAUUUAAAAUAAUUUUUUUCAAAGUUUUGUAUAUAGCCAAGUGGUUACAAGAAUUCGUAUGGUUACAAGAAUUUGACCAGCGAAACUAAAAAAGAUGUAUUUAAAUAAAAAAUAGUUGUAGAUAAAGUAUUAUAACGUGUAACGUGUAAGAGAUUUUCAUUGUGAAUGUGAUCACAUUGUAUGUGUGAUGUGAUUGGAAAAUGCUCAUUCAUGAAAAAUGUCACGAAUUAUUUUAAUGUUAUUAAAAUAAUAUUAGAUUUA